AUGUCAGGCAUAGCACCAGCACCAGCGCCACCAUUCGGCAUCCUCUUCAAAAACAUCUGGACUCGUUCCGACCCCUCAAUGACCAUUCCUCUCCUCGACGACUCCAGCGGCCAAGAAGACACCAUAUCAAACGACUUUAUCACCAACCCAGACCCCGCCUCCCAAUCCCUCCAACACUCCACCGACAACAACGACUCAAGCACCAGUAUUGUCACGGACGGCACAACCGAACCCUCCGGUGGAAUAGAAGACCCAAUGGCGAGAGGUGACGUCUUCGCAGGCGUGAUAGUCUUCAGUGUCGGGAUGAUGGCCCUCAUCGUCGCAGUGACGUUCUAUUUCACCAAAAGGAGCUCCCUACGUACCGUUCGGCAGAGUCGGGGUCUUGAGAAUAAUCGCAGUAGUGCUCAGUUGCGAUGGAGUAGGGGUGGUGGCGCGGAUGGAGCCAUUGAGGAAGUAGGUGCAGGAGACGUCGAUUUGGAGCAGAACGCUCACGCCAUCGAUAUCACAGCGGGAACUGGAGCAGAACCAGGAAAAUCGGGGAAGCUCGAAAAGGUCACAACAUUCGACGCACACUCGCCCUCGAUCGCCCGCCUGACGGACCACCGCCCAUCCUCCCCUUCAGUAUUCGCAUUCCUCAAAGGCACUCCCUCUCCUUCUUUAACCUCCCCUUCCUCCUCCUCCUCUCCCCCCUCCCACCAUAAUUGCCAUCCCAGUAACCUAAGCCUUCUGCUCAAACGAAGCCAGAUCGGAGCUUCGAGCGUCAUCCCCAAAACCGGGAACGAUUUCGACUCACCCACCGAAUCGACAACCCUCCACAUGCCAGUAUUGACAAGGACCAAGGCUCGGUCGAGCUGCAAGAAGAAGAGUAAAGGUAUGAUCAGUCUCUUCAGCAGCUCCAAUUCUUCGGGAAUGGGAUCAAAGAAGCAUAAGCAGUUACUGCAGGCGGCGGCAGCAAUAGAGAUCGCGAGGAGCGCAAGUGCAAUUAUUAUCCAAAUUCAAGAACCCUCCGAACCUUCAAGCGCCGCACCUCUCACACCCAUCGACACCCACAACCACCACCACCACCACCACCAUACCUCCUCCAACCCCACAUUCCCUCUCGACCAAGAAAACUCCCUCGAAGAAACCGCCUCUUCCAUCCACCCAAUCUCAACAACACCCUCAACAGCCGACAACCACCACCAUCACCGCCACCCCCUCUUACGCCUAGAAAUGCCUACAACUGUCCGCUCAAGUUCAGUAGUAGGUCUCUACGGUAGCGCCAAAUCCUCGCCGAACGGGUCAAUGGUCGACGCAGCCUCGACGCGCGCGAUAUACUGCACGUCCGUCAAGUCUGCGAUUUCUUUCCUCCCGACAGAAUCGACGUCCAUGCUCGGUGUGACUCAUACCACUGACCUUGGAGGAGGAGGUACGGGAGUUGGUGUGGGUCAAGGUAUUGCGAUCGCGACUGCGGGGUUGGAGUCUUGA